UGUUGAUUGAAUUUGUGUUGAUGUUACUUUUCUGGAAGAUUGUAAAAUAUCAUUUUAACUUUUUUAAAAUACAAUCAAAGAACUUCAUUGUAUCCAUGUGUAUUUUUCAUCAGAAUUUUUAAUUAUCCUAGCGUGUGUGUGUACUAUUGUGUAUAUUAUAUAUUAUAAAUAUAUAAACGUUGUGAUUGGAACUUGAUUCAUCCUUGCAAAUCUAUAUAAAUUAUCUAUUGUUUGUAAUUUUGUUAUUAGUAUUUCAAAUAAAAAUGGCACACUACAAGGGUGCUGCCUCAGAGGCAGGCAGAGCAAUGCACCUUAUGAAGAAGAGAGAAAAAGCACAACAAGAAAUAGAACUGAGGAAGAAAAAGAUUGAAGAAGAUCUAAAGAUAGACAACAUAGAAAACAAGUUUGCUACACAUUAUGAUGCUGUGGAGCAGCAGUUGAAGAGUUCUACUAUAGGCCUGGUGACUCUUGAUGAGAUGAAAGCUAAACAAGAACACAUAGUACGGGAAAGGGAAAAAAAGUUGGCACAAAAGAAAGCAGAAAAAGAGAAAGAGAGACAGAAAGAAAUUGAAGCGAAACAAGCUCAGAAGAACAAACAGAAACGCCAGAUACAAGCAUUAUCAUUUGAUCCUGACGAAGAUGCAGAAGAUGAUGAUGAUGAUUCUGAUAAUGAAAAAGAAAAGCCAGAGGAAAAGUCUUGGAGGGACAAAGAGGAACCCACAUUAAAAAAAGUAAGAAAGAAUCCAGAUGUGGACACGUCAUUUCUACCGGAUCGGGAACGUGAGGAAGCUGAUCUGAAAUUACGGGAACAACUGCGUUUGGAGUGGGUGAUGACGCAGGCCAGUUUGAAGGAUGAGCCUAUCACAGUCACAUUCAGUUACUGGGAUGGUUCAGGUCAUAGGAGGAAUGUAACAUUGAAGAAAGGAAAUUCUAUCUACCAGUUUCUUCAACGAUGCCUGGACACACUGAGGCCGGAAUUCAGUGAAUUGAAGACAGUCUCAGCAGAUCAGCUGAUGUACGUCAAAGAAGAUCUGAUACUUCCCCACCACUACACUUUUUAUGACUUCAUUGUUACAAAGGCUCGUGGCAAAAGUGGUCCUCUGUUUCAAUUCGAUGCAUCAGAUGACGUCAGAUUGGUGAAUGACGCGACACAAGAAAAGCAAGACUCGCACGCAGGAAAAGUGUUACUAAGAUCUUGGUAUGAACGGAAUAAACAUAUCUUCCCUGCGUCAAGAUGGGAGCCCUACGAUCCCACCAAGACAUAUUCCAAAUAUACCAUCAAAGGUAAAUAAAAUGUGACAAUACAAUCAUGAUUACUUUUAUAAAGCAAUCUUAUGGCUAUAAAAUAAUA